UAAACCUCGAUCAGGCAAGGUGUUUGAAAAUUCUGUGCGACUGUUUAGGAAUUUCCUAGUGUUGUUUUUGAAAAUUAUUUCAUUUGGAUCAUUUAAAGGUUCUUUGUUUUCUUGCUUCAGAACUGCAGUCAUCAUGUUUUCCAUAAGCAAAGGCGAGCCUCCAACCCCUCCAAGUACCACCGUCAACCCAUCAACUGCUGAAAUUGAAAUAACCCCUCGUGAGCAGCCCCAAAAUCAGAAGAUGGAAGCUAUAACUCGUUCACUGUCAGCUCCCGUGGAAUCAAAAAGUACAUCCACUAACCAACCAGCAACUGAAAUCGGUAUAGCUGGCCGUCAACUUCCUUUAAUCCGAACCCAAUCUGCGCCUUUCGAAUCAGAUUCCGGAUUCGAGGCAUCCCCUAGUAGCUUGAAUGAUCCGGUAUGCAGCAACUUCCCCUUCUUUCCUGAUGACAAUGACGUCGGUUUCGAUGACGUCUUCGAGGACGACGCAUCUUCAAUUCUGCUUGAGCGAGUGGACGCCGCAUCUUCAAUUCUGCUUGAGCGAGUGGACGACGACGACGACUGUUGUCCAAAUUGUAACGAGGUUUCAUCCUGCUCUUGCAGCAGAGCAGAGUCUUCAGCUACUGUCCGUGCUGCCAUGACCAGCUACACCGAUCCAAACACCUGUGAUAGUGACUCCAGCAACAGGUCUUCCUCACCUCAAUCACCACCACCGUCCAGCUGGCCCAUACCGGCAUCUUGUAAUCAUAUUCACAACGACAGACUGCCUUGUCCACGCUGCAGCGGGAGAGAGUCAUUGCAGACACCAACGUCCUCCAUGUCCUACCUUCAUGAUAUGGUGGCAAGCAGAUCCUACCCAGGCUCCUAUCCAGCCAGCUUACUGCACUGGUGGAACCAGAGCUCACCAUCUGCAUCAGUGUUUUCACCAAGGGUGGCUGCUGCUCUAAGUAGGACCUCCAACAGAUCAGAUGACCGCAGAAGCAGCAGAAGGAGACAGAUAGACAGCGAUGCCUCAUCGAUCUCCUCUCUAUCCUGUGAUGAACAUUCUGAUGACGAACUAUUCCCUACGUCAUGCGAAGGAGGGGCUUACUUAGAUGACUUGGGAACCAUGGCAGAGCCGGAGGAAUUGAGAGUGGACUCUCCCGAACACUUGGCGCUGCCCUCGGAAUCGUCCUCCAGGAGAGCUCGAUCCCAAUCCGUCAGCAUACCCCUUGACCAUGACUAUCUCAGAGAAAUCGGCAUCUCCCUCAGAAGGCUGAGCAACGAUUUCGAGAACAGGCUCGCGGAACGGAAUCGUCAACGGCGGAGGUCGUCGCUAGCUCAAUACUUCUACUGGUGAUCCUAAUGCAGAAUUUUUAUUCUGUAAUGGAGGCAGAAUUCAGCUGUCAUUUUUCCUGCAAGUCGAAGUAUUAUUGCCAAUUUGUCCCUGCUCAAAAUAUUCAUCUGGAGAGCGAUCAUGUAGCAUUCUGACCAAUGUAUGAGCAUUGAUUCAAAUGCCUCUGUAGUUCUGAAAAUUUUCAUGUAUUCCUUUGAAACAAAAGUUUCAGAAAAAAUAUUUUUGGCGAAUUUUCUUUAAAAAAAAAAUUGUGCUGUUACCUUUUGUUUUAUUUGGAGAGACGUGGUAUUUGAUUCUAUUUGUCAUAAUUUUACUUGAUUUAUUUUUUCUUUCUUUAUAUGUAUUCGUAAAAUUUUUUUAAAUGCCUUUUUUUUAUUUUUAUGUUGGAUUGAAAAAUUUAAGUGUAUGAUUAUAAUUGCAAAAUUUAUUUGAAACAAGACUGAUAUUUGAUAUGAAAAUGUAUUCUAAUUUUUGAUGAGUAUGAUUUUUUUUAUUUUUAUUAUUACUAUUAUUAUGCAUAUAUUGGAUGAAACCAUCAUAGUUUGAAACUAACUUAAAAUCUUAUUUACUUUUAUAAAAAGCAACCAAAGGUCAUUUUUUUUUCCUACCAAAGAAUUCAUGUAAUAUAUUUGCUCAAUUUUUUUUAUAGAUAAUCAUUUUGAUUCCAUUAUCACUUUUAAAGUUAAAAUUUAUUUCAUAAUGAAAGUAAAAAAUUUUGCCGAAGCUUAUCAUAGUUUUAAAUUGAAUUGAUAUUAGUGCCCUUUUUUAAGACUUAAAGUUUUAAUACAUUUUAAAAGCACCUUGCAUCUGAUUCGAGGUUUUGGAUUCAUUGUUUGUCUGCGAGCAGAAACCUUCAUUGUUUUAUACUGUUUGUGUAUUUAAUUCUUGUCGUUAUGUUUCUUAUAUUAAUAUCAUUUGUAUUUAACCAAAGUUAUUGACAAUAAUCACUAACAUUUUUUAACGUUUAUAACAUUAUUAAAAAAAUCAUUUUGCAUUUGUGGUAUUUAUUUGAGAUCAUAAGCAAUGCAUUUUUAUGUGGAUUUUUUGUUUGUUUUGUGCUUUAUGUGCUUGGAAAAAAUAGACUAAUAAAAAUACUCCAGUUUUGUAUUUAACAUAAAUAUGUCGAAUUUUGUAAGACUCUUUUUUAAAGAACUGAAGAAAAAAAAAAUCGACUCUUCCUAAAAUAGCCAAAGUUUAAUCUAGCCAGUAUUUUAUACACAGUGAAGUUUCCAAUCUGCAUCUCUAGAUUCUUAUUUUUUGGAUGAAUUUUUUAAUGAGAAAUUUAUACUAACUUUUGUUAAACGAGCUAUUUUCUUGUAUAAAAAAAAAAAAAAGAUUUGCGUUCAGUAUUAACGUAAAAUCUGUUAAAAGUAUUAAGACUGAAUGUAGGGUUAAAACUUUUGAAAUAGAGUAAUGUUUUUCUUAUACAUUCAUUAUUACUACGAGUGCUGAAUUUGAUUUUUUAAUCCUUUGCUCUCGGAAAAGUAAUUCGAUGCAUAAUUAUUUAUUUAAUACAUGUACUUGUUUAUUACAACAACAAACAAAAAAAAAUACAUGCAAUUAUUUUAAGUUGCAGAUUCAUUUUUUUAAGGGAAAUUCAUCUUUUUACCAUUUUGUAGGUAUUUUAAACAAUUAAAUUUAAAAAAAAUAAAAUGCAUCGUCUUGAAUGGUACUUGAGAGCAGACAUCCGAGUUGAAAGGGUUGAAAUUCAAAUUGACUACUCAUAGUAAUUUAUGAACUACACUUUAAAGCUAAAUAGUUAUUAGCUUUUAAUUACCGUACGCGAUUUAAUUUCCUUUUUAUAGAGGCAUUAAAUGUAUUUUUCCUAUAUUCUUGGCUUGAAUAUAGAAAAUUAUUUUAAUUGUGAAUGUUAAAUAAACAUAUGUUAUAUAAACAUAGAGAAGUUAUUAAAUUAAAAGCACGAUUAACUUUUAUUCAAUUAUUAUUUUUAUUUUUAUUUUUUUGUAGCAUGAAAUCAAAAUUAAUAAGAUUUUAAACAGCAUUCGCUGAAAAUUGUAUCGCAGCUUUGCAAUAAAAUAUAGAUUUCGGGUUUUUUUUUUUUAAAUAUUCGUAAUAUAAUUGAAUAUUGAUUUCAUUUUUUAAAAUGUAGGGAUGAAUUUAUAAAUUUUAUUGGAAAAAUUUUGAGGUCGAAUUUUUUUUUCGCACUUCGAAUGCUAAAUGGUUUUAGUGUGAACAAUCAAACAUCUUAUAAUAGAAAUGUAAAUUGUAAUAGCUCUUUACUGCCCACUUAACGCACAACUGAAGAAAAAAACUAAAUAGCGUGUUGUUCAGGAUUUUUAAAACUAGAAGCUUUUUAUAUUAGAAUGUAAAAAAACAAACAAAAAGAAGUUCUUGCAUAAUAGUGUAAAUCUAACUAUAAUAGAUUUAAAAAUAUUUUUAAUAUCGCCAAAUGUGAGAGGUUUCGCCAAUUCAUAUUUCAACUUUAUAUGCUUCUUGCGCUUGUAUGAUACUACCAUUGUGUUUUCUUUUGUUUUUAGCCAUACGUACAUGUUCCUUAUUUUUCAGUUGUAUAUAAUCUUUUUUUUAAUGUUAUUUCUAUAUACUUUUUUUUCUUAAUCAACUUACUUAUUUGCUUGUAAUCAAGAUGUUUUUUUUUUGUGUGCUCAUUUUAUGUUUAUUAUUAUGAAAAGAAAUAACUCAUGUUAGGCAUUGGAACUUUAUAUCGUGUCACAAUCCGAGUUUCAGCUUCUUGAUGUUUUCUCAUAUGUUAUCUGAUACUUGGUUUCCAUGGUAACUUGACUUUCAAUCAUGAUCUCAACCAUUGUGAUAAACAUAGACAGUAUCUGUAGUCAAAGAUCCUGGAAAUGUUUUUGUUUUAAUAGGAUAAAGCUUUGGGUAAAAUUGCGAGUUCUAUUUUGUUUUUGAAACAGUGUUUUCUGGUUAUAAAUUUCCGGGCACGUUUUUCAAGAAUUAUAUAUUCUAAAGAAGCAGUCCGAUUACGUCAUAAUUAUCAAAAUUUAUCGUAUUAUUAAGUGUUAGUUUUUAGAAUUAGCUGCACAUAAAUGUAAUUAGUAAAUGGUUAUUAAAUAUAUUUAGGUAACCAAAUAGAGAAAUUGGAUUCCAGUUAAAAACCAGAAAACGUUUUUCUCAAAAAUGGUUAAGGCUUACACUAUUAAAAUGUUACGUAAUUGGAAAAUUUCUCCGUGAACUCGCAUUGAGAAAUGAGAAUUUAAAAUUUUUCUUUUUUUUGUAAAAGAUUUGAAAAGUGUCAUCUACUUACGUCAGUGGCUUAUUAUAGAAUAUUCUGCGUAGAUCCGGCUGUUUAGUUUUAUCUUAACAAUUUGACGGCUGAAACGAAUUUAUAAAAUUUAAUUUUUAAUAAAUGAUUUUAAAAAAAUUGGUGUAAUCAAAUCAUUAAUCUCACUAAAAGAUUUUAAAUACGAAUUUUUGAUGCAUUAAAUUUUGUAUGUUAAAAAAAAAAAAAAAUCUGUUUCAUUCGUCAACUUGUAAAUAUUCUGUAAAUGUUGCUGUGAUGGUUAUUUCACAUAACCUUUGAUACCAAUAUAUUAUAUUACAUGAAAAUGUACACUUAUUACUGAAAUUGGAUGUUUUUUUUAUGUAUCUGAAAUAUUUUUGUGUCGUACAUUUACAUGGACGAACGACGACAACAAAGAUAUUAAUGUUCUUAAGAAAUGAUUUUGCCUAAAGUGUGUACUUCUAUGAUUGUGUUUUUUGUGUAAUG